GUUCCCAAAACAACGUCCGAGUUCUUGUCUAAGUUCCUCAAGCGUCAUAGUAAAAAUGUGGGUCCUUCUUGAAGGUUCACCGAGAGCUAGGAAGUUGAAUGUUGAUAUAUCUAUAGCUUAUGACUUGGACGAUUUUGUAUAUAUUCUUCAAGAGGAAUACGAAGAGUUAAGAGCUGUUAGACUGCAAAAUAUCGUAAUCUUAAAUAAUAACACGCAACUUCCACCAGAUACAGACUUCCAAACUCUAACUAAGACAGCAACAGCCAAGAACUCGCUCGUUGUUCGCUAUCCUCUUUCAGAUGUAUGCAUUAAGGUGACACUCGUGUACGGACAAAGACGAACCAAACGCGAAAUAUCACAUACUAGUGGUUCAUUUAUCCUUUUGAAAGCUCUCACUAGAGAAAUUUUCACAGAAUUGGAGGGAGAAGAAAUAUACUUUGUAAAUAACGGAAUGGAUAUUUGGGAUAAAAAGUAUAGUGAUUGGAAUAUCAAAGAUGUGUUUAAGGAUAUAUUAGGACGACCGGAUUAUGAAUCCCUGGGUGAUAUGCCAAGAUUUAAUCUUGAUGAACUUCCUCCGUUAAGGCAUCCAUUCUCUCAGGAAGAGGUCAAUAAAUUCUUUGGGGAGCUUAAAGGUCAUCUUAAGAAUAUCCAGAAAGAACUUGACAAUGAGUCGUCAGCUCGUUACAUUAUUGAUACUUUCUUGUCAGCUGCAGUUUCCCAUAUACAAGAUUUCGUAAACGGCUCAGUACGGUUAGCAAAAUUGGAAGACAUGAAACAAGGAAUGGCGCAAAAUAUUGUACAAGUGCACAGUGCAAUGGAACGACUAUUGAAUUCCGGCCAAGCAGAACCAGCAAUGUAUGGGAUAGUUACAACUGGAAAAUUAUGGCGAUUUAUCCGCUGGACUGGAUCAUUAGAUGAACCGGUUGUUCAUAUUUCCGAAGAAUAUACUUGCAAUCUUACUGGUAACUUAGAAAAUGAAAAAGAAAUGGUAAAAUAUAUUGCGCUGAUAAUACAGGCUCAAGUUACUGCAUUUUGUGAUCAUGAUAAUAAAAAGAACUUCCAUCCUUCAAAACUCCUAUGUACUGGUCAAGGAAAUGAUAAAUGA